AUGGCACCUCCAGUCAAAGGCAAAAGGAAGCAGUCAGAGGAAGGGGAGCCCCCAGACCCACCAGUGUCCCCUCAGCCCGACGGUGAGCCGAGCAGGAGCCAGAGCCCCGUGCACCUGGAGGAGCCCCCCGAGGCAGGCAGGGAGCGGGAGGAGGAGCAGGAGGAGGAGCAGGCCUUCCUGGUCAGCCUCUACAAGUUCAUGAAGGAGCGACGCACGCCCAUCGAGAGGGUGCCCCAUCUCGGCUUCAAGCAGAUUAACCUGUGGAAGAUCUACAAGGCCGUGGAGAAGCUAGGGGCCUAUGAACUGGUGACGGGCCGCCGCCUCUGGAAGAACGUGUACGACGAGCUGGGGGGCAGCCCGGGCAGCACCAGCGCGGCCACGUGCACGCGCCGCCACUACGAGAGGCUGGUCCUCCCGUACGUGCGGCACCUGAAGGGGGAGGAUGACAAGCCCCUGCCCCCCUCCAAGCCCAGGAAGCAGUACAAGAUGGCCAAGGAGCCUCGGGGGGAUGAGGGGGCCCCUGAGAGGCCGAAGAAGGUCAAGGAGGAGAAGCGGGUGGGCCAGCUGAUGCCCGGAAAGACCAAAACAGAUGCCCCUGACCUGGCAAGGCUUCCUAGCCAGGAGACACCCAGGGACGGCAUGGAGCAGCGAGGCCCGGCCUCGGGGCCCUCUCUGCCCCUUGUGGGCGCCAGUGGCUGCCCGGAGGCCUACAAACGGCUCCUGUCCAGCUUCUACUGCAGAGGGACACAUGGUAUCAUGUCACCGCUGGCCAAAAAGAAGCUCCUGGCCCAGGUGAGCAAGGCAGAGGCCUUGCGGUGUCAGGAGGAGGGCUGUCGCCACGGGGCAGGUGGGGAGCCCCAGGCGUCCCCAGCUGUCCCGCCCGUGGAGAGUCCCCAGAGCCCAGGAGGGCCGUCCGAGAACUCCAGGCACCGGCUGACACCUCUGGAAGGCAGGCAGGCCUCCAGGGGCGGCCUCUGGGAGGAGGCACGGGGAAGCCCUCGCCCGUCGGCCCCCGUCUUCACCGGCUGCUUCCACGCCUACUCCAGUGAGGUGCUGAAGCCUGUCAGCCAGCAUCCCAGGGACCUUUUCCCCAGUCUUAAAGAUAGGGUGUUGUUGGGGCCCCCUACCAAGGAGGAGGGGCUGCCAGCCAAAGAGCCCCCGCUGGUGUGGGGCGGGGAUGCCAGCCGCCCUUCUGCAUUCCACAAGGGCAGCUUCAGAAAGGGCAGCCUCUACCCCAAACCCAAAGCCUGCUGGGUGUCCCCCAUGACCAAGGUGCCUGCUGAGAGCCCCGUGCCCCUGCCCACCUUCCCGAGCAGCCCAGGCAUGGGCCACAAGCGCAGCCUGGCGGAAGAGGGCUCGGUCCACGGUGGCAAAAAACUGCGGGCAGUGUCUCCCUUUCUUAAGGAGGCGAAUGCCCAGGAGUGUGGGACCAAGCCCGGGGGCCCUGACCUGGCCGUCUCCUGCCUGCUGGGCCCCGCCCUCCCGGAGGCCUACAGGGGUACCAUGCUGCGCUGCCCACUGAACUUCACUGGCACCCUGGGCCCCUUAAAGAGCCAGGCCACCCUUCCCUUCAGCCCCCUGGUCAUCCCCGCCUUCCCAGCCCACCUGCUGGCUGCCACAGCACCCUCGCCCAUGACCGCUGGCCUGAUGCACCUCCCACCAGCGUCCUUUGAUGGUGCCCUGUGCCACAGACUCUGCCCAGCCUCGUCUCCAUGGCACGUGCCACCUGCCACAGCCUACACAGCACCCCACUUCUCUUUCCACCUCAAUACCAAGCUGUAG